AUGAACUAAUUUAGGAAGUCAGCAAUGUAAUUGUUAGUAGGCUAAAAAGAAAAACUUGGACGAGUAGUUCAGAAACAAAAUUAACCUUUUUUGGGCUUUUUAUUUUGUAAAACUCAUAAAGAAUUUCAAAUCCCCUCAAAUGAAGAGGGAAGUGUACAACUUUUACAAAGCAAUAUUCUCUGCCUGUCCACUUUAUAAGAGAUAGAAGGUAAGUACAAUUAUAUAGGCUAGGAAUUUAACCCUGUAUAAGGAUAUUCAAAGAGGUUAACUACCAAAAUUUUGAAUGA